GUUGAAUUGAUUGCUUUAGCGGAAUCAAUUGGAGAUCACGAUUUACCGCCCCCAUCGAUUGUCACCAAGACGACUAGCUCGGGUCAUCUCUACUUGAUUAGAGUCCAGGCCUUCAUCGAGGGUAGCCGGCCCGUCCUGUACCCGCACGAAAUACCCACUGAUCGAGGUUGUUCUCGACGCGGUCACACUCUACAUGUUUGUCUGUCUGCAAGCUCAUUUUCCGCCUCUCCGCAUGUGUUGCGUGUAUUUUGUCGUUGGAAGGGCAGCCAGCCGAGGAUAACAUCCUUCGAAGCGCCCCUUCAGGAGGUGCCAAGAGUAGAUAGGAUCUCGGACGGACACCCUUCAUGUGGAAAUUUUGCGAGGAUGAAUUGA